ACCAAGUAACGAAAGCGCUACUUAUCGAUCGAGAGAAUCAGAGUGGCGCAUUAUCUCUCCUAUAUUUCUAGAUUCCUUAGUCACCUACUGACCAUGGAGGGAGCCACGCACGUCCUCCUGCUGCUGCUGCUGCUGGUGUUAACUCCCUGCCACGCUGAGGACUGCAACAAGGGCGAAACUUAUGUAAGAACAGGAGAGGUGCAGGAGGUGACGAGGGCGGAGGCCGAGGAGCAAGAAGUGACAAUCAAUCUUUUCCUCAAAGCCGAGAGGAAAAACAGCUUCAAGGGCGUCCGUUUAGAUAUUGAAGGAGGUAGUGGCGCCAAUUUCACCGCCUUCUUCAAAACUGACGUAUGUUUCAAGCUUGACAGCCGGUGGAAGCAGCUGCUGGCGUGGGGGCGUGUGGAUGAGGAGAAGCAUCAAGUGUCAUUUGCUGUGGAGGUCGGGAGCUGCGCGAUGAGCUGCGCAGUGGACGGUUUGAACGCCUCGUUAGCCUCGUUCAACCUCAGCGUGGUGGCAUACGGCUCCUCUGGCUGGUUCAAUAGACUACCGAGUUCUUGCCGUGUAUUGUAUCUUUCUUCCAGCUCCUCCAACCCUGAUGAGCUGCCUGCCUGCCUCCCUCCGCCUGACGAAUCGGAACCUUCACUCGUUUUCCUCAUCUGCGUGGUCACAAUUCUCUGCUUCCUGUCUCUCCUGUUCAUGGUGGCGGCACUGUAUUGCAGAUUCUACGCUACGAACAAGUGAUGACGCUCUUCUCAGCAGAAGAGGUCGCUGACGACCCAGCACUGUGGACGUUAUUCAUAUAGAAGAAAUGAAGUUUUGAGGAGGAGAGAGAGAAGAGGCCACAGAAUGCUCUGACUGUCAGGGAUCAUGUUUGUUUAUCAACAGCGGAGGAGCGAGCUACGUCUUGGGCCCGUGAGCCUCCGUUAGCCAUCAGUGACGUCAUCACCCCUAAAAAAAACUCGUUCUGUUACCUUACAUAAGCUAACGUAACGCUCUUUGGAACGCCCCAAGUGUGGCGCCGCCAUGAUGGCUGCGGCGAGUGACUUGUUGCUAUAAAUGACUCUGUGUUUUCAAUAUGUGGAGCUUUGUCAGCAUUCUAAUCACACUAUCGUGUUCACGAGAGUUUUUCCUACUUAAUGUAAUGUAAAACAUGUAUAAACUUUUUAACGUCUUCACAGCUCAACUCGUCGUAAUACCUUUGUUUUUUGUUUGGUUUUGUUAAGUUUUUACAAUGUAUGUUGAGUGCACCGUCAGUGGUGAGUGUGCUGUGGCAACCAAAACUGGCUGUCCCUACAUGCAGGGAGCUAUGGCGUGUAAUUCACGCAUUUUGCGCGCUCGCUAACUCGAAAUAUGCAAAAUACCGCAAAACGGUGCGUCUGACGAAAAAAUGUCAUAAAAUAAUAAAGAUGCGCCGUCAAAAAUGAUCAGUGGUGUUUCCGAGAUUGAAAAUGCAAUUUUUAUAUGCGAUGGACAGAAAAAGGUGCUCCUGGCCAAAGCAUCUUUGUACCCUCCAGGGCCAGGUGCUGCGCCGGGGCCUGCACGUGUGCACCAACAAAAUUAGAACGCCCUCACUACGCUUGGGGAAUUAAUAAGUGUCGUCCUGAUGAGAGAGAGAGAGAGAGAGAGAGAGAGAGAGAGAGAGAGAGCACGUUUCAAAACACAGCGUGGCUAAAUAAAAAUGUAUAUAUGUGCAAAAACCCAUGAAAUCGAUGUUAGAGUUAGCAUUGUUAUAAAUACGCAAAUGUCACCCUAUAUCUGUACGUUAAUUUAGGAGGAAAUAAAUAAAAAUAUAAAAAAUGGUGUACUGAAUUAUUUUAAAAUGUUAAUAAAAAUGCG